AUGCGUGGAUUCGUGAUUUUCGCCGCCUGUCUGGCCGUGGCGUCGGCCGACAUUGGACUGAAGCUGCGCCAGGCGGCUGCAUCCGGUGCGAGCAGCAGCUACGACGUCGGCCAGCAGUCGGUGUCGCUGGAUUACGCCCCGACCAUCUACCAGGAUACCGUGGCCGGUGCCGGUGCCUCGGCCGGUGCUAGCGCUAGUGGCCGUUCCGCUGGCUUCGGUGGUGCUGCGUCCGGCGCGUUCGGUGGUGCUGCGUCCGGUGCUGACUACCAGGCCGGUUAUGCCGCGGGACUGCGUGCCGCUGCAUCGUCCGGUGCAUCGGCAGCGGGUGCGUCGGCCGGAGCUGGCGGAUUCUCGACCGGUGCCCGGUUCGGCGGAGGUUCCUCGUUCGGUGGUGCCUCGUCCGGUGCCUUCUCGGGAGCGUCGGCCGGUGGAUUCGGUUCGAGCUUCGGUGGUGCGUCGGCCACGGCGACGGCUGCCGCCGCCAAGACCAACGUCCGCUAUGCUGCCCCGGUGAUCCAGAAGCACUUCUACUACCAUGCCGCACCGGAGGAGCCACAGGCAGCGGCUGAGGCCGAUUCGCUGACCAUCACGCCCCGCAAGCACUACAAGGUGAUCUUCAUCAAGGCACCGACGGUGAGCGCCAACGCCGGUGCUGCGUCCCGUGCUGCCAGCAAGACCGAGGAGAAGACUAUCGUGUACGUGCUCGUCAACAAACCGUCCCAGGCCAAGGCUGGUGCUUACGCGGAUGCCAGCAGCUUCUCGUCCGGCAAGCCGGAGGUUUACUUCAUCAAGUACCAGGGCAAGGAUGCGGCCCAGGCCAUCGCUAACGCUCAGGCUAACUCGUUUGCUGGUGCAGGGGCUGGCGCUGGGGCCGGUUCGUUCGCUGAUGCCGGCGCCGGUGCCGGUUCGUUCGCUGAUGCCGGUGCCUUCGGUGCUGGUGGCGCUGGAGGUUUCGGUGGAGCGGGCGCUGGCUUCUCGGGAGCGAGCGCGAACGCUGGUGCCAGCGCUGGCGCGUCGGCUGCCGAUGGUUUCGACUUUGUUGAUUACGGUUCGGUACGUUCGUCGGGUGUGUCGAGCGCAUCGGCCGGCAGCAGCGGUUACAACGCAGGAUUCACCGCCGGAUACACUGCCGCUACCACCGCCGGUGCCGGUGCCGGUGCCGGGUUCGGUGUUACGCCUUCGUACGAUAGUGUCGCCGUUGGUGCUGCCGGUGCCGGCAGCAUCGUCUACUAA